CGAAUCUUAAGAAAGGCAGCAAUGAAAAUGCCACCGAGUAACGCGUGGGCGGAAACCCACCCGGGAGGUUAAGCCGCCGACGAGUAGCUUACAAGCUUACCGUUGUAGGUACAUGCAAGCUCAAUGUCUAGCUUGGCAAAACAUCAUUACGAUCUUGUGAAAUGAAAUCGUAACCACCAUCAUCGCCAGAUUGCCGCGAGCUGGAGUUCUUUAAAACUGGCAAAACGAUUCGAUGUGAACUUGAAUUCUGCAGUUUUACGAUUGCAUUGAUUGCUGGUUGAAGGCACACACGUUGCCACACGCGUUCAACUUUUCAGUUGACGAUAAUUCCGCAGCAGCAGAAAUGUGUAACUUCGACGAUGCUCCCAAGAGGGGCAGAAAUAUUUUUCGCAAUUCUUUAUUGAGAACGAAAGAGGAUUUUCAUAGACACAGGCAAAGCCAAGUCGAGACUGGUCUUGGCUCACGUACACCGAAGGGCAUAUAUUGUAUUUGUUAGGAUUCGGUGUAAUUACUUUAUAUGAAUACGGCCAAACCCACUGUAAUACGUAGAAAAAGAUUGUUCUCGCGAGUAAUUACUUUUUUCUAAAAGAACAGCUUCUUAAAAGCUAAUAUCGAUAUGUGCAAUCAGUGUUCACUUGAGAUCAAUAAAGUAUAGAAGUCAUCUUCGUUGUUUCUCCUAAACAAAGUCCAACUUCAUUUAACCGGAAAGUGGCUUGAAAGUUUAAGGUGCUAUCCCUGAAGUUCCUUCCCAAGGUUAUCCGGAAAUUAAAGUGGAAAGUGAACGAUUAAUCUAUACUGUACGGCUUAGACAAAAUCAGCUCAAGUGAACUUCGGAUUAUAGAUGUCCGCAUCAUCGCGCGAGAAAACGUUAAAAUAACGGCGAGUCUUGGCCUGCCCUAACAAAAAGUGGUGCCGUGACCAGGAUUAAGAGCUACGCCGUUGUAACAUUCCUCGCUAAAGUCAAAUUACGCGUCAUAGCUGCUAAAACUCAUUUUGUUGAGUAAUCGACGCCAUUUUGUUCAAGUAGAACAAUGGUUCUGUAACUCCGACAAACGACGCCAAGCCAGUUUUGCCGCCCUUGUUACAAGAUUCUUUCCGGAUUUGUAUAGCAUACAAGGCCUAGUCUUUUAGGUACAUGGUCCUAACCGCUGCUAGUCACCAUAACCAUCAACUCCAAUCGCAGAUUGAGAGUUCCACCAGUUCCAGGGAUAAUAAAAUUCAAGGCCUGUUUUAAACAGGUAUUAGGUAAAGUACCUCUCCAUAUAGCGCGCAGUCACACGUGGGUGCUUUUAGAUCCUUUCUCCUUUUUGCUUAAAGAGACCGAUCAUUUCGACGCUUGCUUCGUCCAGCUCAACCCACCGGCAAGGUUAUAGGACGUCGCACCGGUAUCUGCUAUAUUUUGUCCGAGAAUAAACUGCGAUCAAGCCAGUUUUCUAACUACCAAGUCAUCGUAGAAUCAGCUACAAGGCAAAUUAAGCCUUACUCCAGGUUAGUACCUUUCUUGCUGCGCAUUCAUAAUGAGCACACCACGAUCUAAAGAUCAGUUGUCUACUCGACGGACAACCCUACUGGCCUCUCUCACCCGUGCUGGAAACUUUGUCGACAACUUCGAGGAGGAACGGGACGGGCUCGAAGUGCCUCUUCGAUUGGAGGACUUAGACCGUCUGUGGACAUCGUUGGAGGAAGUGCAAACACAACUAGAGGAUCUGGAAACCAGCAAAGAAGGUAAAGAAUUGAACCUAAGCUUCCGUGAGAGCUACGAGCCAAGGCUUUUUAAGAUAAAAGCUAAUUUACUAUCAAAAAUGCCCACCCCAAUGGUAACCCCUAAUAACCGCCCCAUAGAACCUCCCAUUCGCAAUAUUUCUACCUUAUCUGGACUCAAGCUACCAACCAUUACACUUCCCGAUUUUGACGGUGAUUACCGUACCUGGCUUACUUUUCAUGAUACAUUUUUGGCCUUGAUUCAUGAAAAUGCAGAGCUACCCGACAUACAAAAAUUUCAUUAUCUACGUUCCGCGUUAAAAGAUGAAGCUGCUCAAUUGAUUGAGUCCAUUGGUAUCAGUGCAAUCAACUACCCUAUCGCCUGGCAAAUUUUAGUUAACCGUUACUCCAAUGAGUACUUAUUGAAAAAACGUCAUCUUCAAGAUUUACUUGAAAUUCCACGAAUGAAGAAAGAAACUGCUGCUACACUUCAUUCAACUUUAGAUGAAUUCCAAAGGCAUAUCAAAAUUCUUGCUCAACUAGGUGAGCCAACGGUCCAGUGGAGUACGCUGUUGGAACACCUUCUCUGUAUGAGAUUGCAUGAGGAAACGAUUAAAGCUUGGGAAGAUCAUGCUGCUUCUGUGGAUAAUCAAACCUAUGAGUGCUUGGUAGAAUUUUUGGAAAAAAGAGUACGUGUAUUGGAAUCUAUAUCUGUGAACCAUAUCCCUUCUCAAGCCGUCAACACAACUUUCAAAAGCGGGUCCUACUUUAGACAAUCAUUAACCCCGAGAAUUUCAUCUCAUGCUACGACUGCGAAUUCGUUUCCAUCUUGCCAUGCUUGCGAUCAACGUCACCUGCUAGUAAAAUGCCCCAAAUUUGAACGCAUGUCUGUAAACGACCGCUUGCGAAUAGUUAACCAAAAACGACUGUGUAUCAACUGUUUCCGUCAAGAUCAUUUCGCCCGAGAUUGCCCAUCUAAUUACAAAUGUCGCCUUUGUAAUAAAUCACAUCAUUCUAUGCUACAUUUCAACACUACAAAUUCUGAUCCGAGUUAUGGCCAUCAAGAUUACAUGGUGAAUGAAAGUCAGAACAGCGCCGUAACCGUUCAAACCACAGCUUUACAUGACUUUCCCAUUGAUACACAACACUCAAAUUCACUGUCCAAUUCUAGCCCAACUGUGUUCAUGCUAACAGCAGUUUUACGUGUGGUCGAUGCAUACGGUAAAGAACAUCUCGCUCGAGCACUGCUCGAUAGCGCUUCCCAACCUAAUUUGAUGUCUGAUCGACUAGCUCAACUUCUACGAAUCAAGCGUCAACGAACUAACAUUUUAGUUCAAGGUAUAGGUGCAACUCCAACACAAGCCACUGAAACAGUCACCAGCAAAAUUUUAUCGAGGGAUGGGAAUUUCUCAAGAGUUGUCACCUUUCUAGUAUUGAAAAAAAUGACUGCGGAUCUACCUUCGAAAACUAUUUCAAUUGCUGACUGGAAAUUACCUCAUCAUUUGAGUUUAGCUGAUCCGAAUUUCUAUCAAACAGCCCCAAUCGAUAUGAUAAUAGGAACUCAGCUUUUCUUCGAAUGUUUCCCUAAUGCAGACAGAAUACAAUUGAGCGGAUCGCUACCCAUUUUGGUCAACAGUGUUUUCGGGUGGGUAGUUGCAGGUGGUGGUAAUAUGGCUUCUCCUAAAAAUCUCAAUCUCGUAGCCGCGUCGACUUUGUCACUCGUCUCCCUAGAAGAAGCAAUAGAAAAAUUUUGGAAGGUAGAGGAGCUCCCAAACCGCACUGAAUAUUCGGUAGAGGAAACAUUUUGUGAAGAAAAUUUCAAAGCAACCACCUUUAGACAGAGUGAUGGUCGUUUCGUUGUAGCCCUUCCCAAGCGCCCAAAUUUUGAGUCAGUGAUUGGAGAAUCGAAAUCAAUUGCCAUCAAUAGAUUCAAUUUGCUGGAACAAAGACUUCAAAAAAAGCCUGAACUCCGAGCCGAAUAUGACAAAUUUAUGCAGGAAUAUAUUUCACUAGGACAUAUGAAGAAAGUUGAAUUUCCUGAAAAUGAAACCCAUCCCUGUUAUUAUUUGCCCCACCACCCGGUCAUAAAGUCAUCGAGCACUACCACAAAAACUCGUGUCGUUUUCGACGGAUCCAGUAAAACAUCGACAGGUUAUUCGUUAAAUGAUGGUCUUUGUAUUGGUCCGGUGGUUCAAGAAAACCUUAUAACUCUGAUGAUCCGAUUUCGAAAGCAUCCAAUCGCUUUAGUAGCUGACGUAGAAAAAAUGUAUCGUCAAGUGUUGAUCCACUCCUCAGACAGACGAUUCCAAAGAAUUGUAUGGAGAUUCCAGCCAUCUGAUCCUCUGACCAUCUAUGAACUUCAAACUGUCACCUACGGAUUAGCACCGUCUUCGUUCCUCGCAACUCGGGCUCUACUUCAGUUGGCUGACGACGAAGCACUGAACUUUCCGAUGGGUGCUCCUGAAUACAAAAAAUCUCUCUAUAUGGACGAUUAUAUUGGAGGGUCGAGUUCCAUCCAGCAUGCUAUAAAACUUCGUAACGAAUUGAUUGAACUCUCCGCAAAAGGUGGUUUUCCACUCAGAAAGUGGGUCUCAAAUAAGUUGGAAGUAUUGGAAGGCUUGGAUUCCGAUCAAAUAGGCACUCAAUCUACACGUCGAUUCGACCCCGAGGAAACUGUAAAAGCGUUAGGUAUUCUUUGGGAACCAGAACCAGAUCAAUUCAGAUUCGACUACAGGAUGACUAAGGAAAAUCUUAAAGUGACUAAACGCACGAUACUUUCAAUGAUCUCCCAAUUAUUUGACCCCCUUGGUCUUAUAUCUCCGAUUAUAAUUACUGGUAAAAUGAUAAUGCAAGAACUGUGGCUUCUGGCAAUUUCCUGGGACGAAGAAGUACCAGAUGCUCUGAAAAAUAAAUGGACGUCAUUUCACAGCCAACUAAUAAAUCUUGCUGAAUUUAAGUUUGAUCGAUAUGCUCUACAAAUCAACUCUUGUGUUGAAUUACAUACAUUCGCAGACGCUUCCGAAAAGGCAUACGGGGCCUGCAUCUACGCUAGGACCAUCAAUUCUGAAGGCGAUAUUAGAGUGCACCUGUUAGCAGCUAAAUCCCGUGUUGCACCACUCAAAAGAUUGUCUUUACCCCGACUUGAACUCUCCGCAGCACUCAUUGCCUCUCGUUUACACUCCCAGGUUAAACAAGCACUAGAUAUGGGUGACAUAAAAUCCACUUUCUGGUCCGAUUCCACUGUGACACUACAGUGGCUAAAAUCUCCUCCGAGUACUUGGAAGACCUUCGUAGCUAAUCGGGUUUCUGAGAUCCAAACUUCAACUCAUGGAUCAGUUUGGACUCAUGUUCCCGGGAGUCAAAACCCUGCCGAUCUUUUAUCCCGAGGAAUGCAAGUAAAGGACUUUUUAAAAAGCAAUUUGUGGGUACAGGGGCCGAGUUGGUUGUCUGAGGCAAUAGAGAACUGGCCAAAGUCGAAAGCACACAAUAAAGAAGAAACAGAAGAAGAAAGACACUUAGCAGUUGUGUCUGUAUGCACAAGUGAACCGUCAGUCAAUCCAAUCUUCUGUCGAUAUUCCAGUCUUUCGUUUUUGAUUCGAAUAGUAGCUUACUGCCAAAAAUUCUCUCAGAACGUUAUUUUGAAAACUCGAACCAAUCCUCAGACUGUAACUAAUUCAUCGAAUCCUCGAACUCUUACUAUGGAACAACUUACCCAAGCCAAGCUGCGCUUAGUACGCCUGGCACAAGCCGAUGGUUUUCAAGAAGAAAUUAAACAAUUGACCAGAGGGAAUUCGUUACCUAAAUCUUCUAGAAUACGAUUAUUAAGACCGUUUAUUGACUCCGAAGGUAUCAUACGAGUGGGGGGGCGGUUAAACCUUUCGCAACAACCAUUCCUAUCCAAGCACCCAGCCUUGCUUCCUACUUUCCAUCCUCUAACAAAAAUGCUCGCCAAAUUUUACCACCACAAAUUGGUUCAUGGUGGCGGCCGUGUCACUUUAUCUGUUAUGCGUGAAACAUAUUGGCCUGUAAAUGGACGACGUCUUAUGCACAUCAUCAUUCGGAAUUGUAUCCCAUGCACUCGAGCCAAUCCCGUUCCGGCGCAGCAGCAGACAGGACAGCUCCCAUUAUCCAGAAUUACAGUCAGCAGGCCCUUCAACGUAACAGGAGUCGACUAUGCAGGUCCAAUUUACUUAAAACCCAUCCACAAGCGGGCACCAUCUGUGAAGGGCUACAUAUGCGUGUUUGUCUGCUUCGUGACUAAAGCGGUUCACCUCGAAGCGGCAACUGAUUUGUCAACCGAAGCUUUUUUGAACGCUCUCCGACGGUUCGUCUCUCGCCGAGGCCGACCAUCGGAUCUACACUCGGACAAUGGCAAAAACUUUAUUGGGGCAAAAAAUGAGCUCCACCAUUUGUUCUUAAUGCUCUCCAACGAAAACGAACAAGAAAAAAUUCAUCGAUCCUGUGUAGAAGAAGAAAUUAGAUGGCACCUUAACCCUCCUAAGGCCCCCCAUUUCGGCGGCCUGUGGGAGGCUGCCGUUAAAGUGGCUAAAAAACAUCUCUUUCGUCAGUUGGGUAACUCAUCACUUUCUUAUGAAGAUUUAUCAACAAUUCUUGCACAAAUAGAAGCCGCCAUGAACUCUCGUCCACUCGUCCCCAUGAGUGAGGAUCCAAACGAUUUAUCGGCCAUUACUCCUGCACACUUCUUAAUCGGAACAUCGAUGUAUUCUCUACCAGACAGAAAUUUGUGCGAAGUUGUUCCCAAUCGCCUAACUCAUUAUCAGCGUCUUCAGCAACUUUAUCAACAAUUUUGGUACCAUUGGAGAAGGGAGUAUUUACAAGAAAUGCAGAAAGAUUUGAAGUUCAGGGACCCAAACCAUAAUUUGGUACCUGGCCAACUAGUUAUAUUGAAAGACGAAUUUCAACAUCCUGUGCGCUGGUCUCUUGCAAGAAUCUCCAAGGUGUUCCCAGGGAAAGACGGUUUGGUGCGUGUUGUUGAUCUUAAAACUUCGAAAGGUGUUUUCAAACGGGAUGUUACAAAGAUUUGUCCUUUACCUAUGGAACCGAGCAACUUUACUGCAGAAGAUGAGCAACCGCUCAACAUGCCGCACCAGGAAGGAAAACAACCCGAUCCGGAAGCAGAGUUUACUUCGAACACAUCACCAUAAGUUCCAGCUUGUUAGUUCUAACAGGAGAAAUAUGCGACAUAGUUUUAUUAUCAUCUUCAUUAUCAACUACUUACAAUUUUGAAAUAUAAAUAUUUCAAGGUGGCGGCCAUGUUAGGAUUCGGUGUAAUUACUUUAUAUGAAUACGGCCAAACCCACUGUAAUACGUAGAAAAAGAUUGUUCUCGCGAGUAAUUACUUUUUUCUAAAAGAACAGCUUCUUAAAAGCUAAUAUCGAUAUGUGCAAUCAGUGUUCACUUGAGAUCAAUAAAGUAUAGAAGUCAUCUUCGUUGUUUCUCCUAAACAAAGUCCAACUUCAUUUAACCGGAAAGUGGCUUGAAAGUUUAAGGUGCUAUCCCUGAAGUUCCUUCCCAAGGUUAUCCGGAAAUUAAAGUGGAAAGUGAACGAUUAAUCUAUACUGUACGGCUUAGACAAAAUCAGCUCAAGUGAACUUCGGAUUAUAGAUGUCCGCAUCAU